CCAGCGGCCGGGCGGAGGCCGGGGCCCGCGGGCCUGUCGGAGGGCGGCGGGCUGAGGCGCCGGGGCUCGGGCGCGCGGCGGGCCGGCGGCGGGCGCGGGGCUAUAUGGCGGCGGCGCUGUCGGGCCUGGCUGUCCGCCUCUCGCGCUCGGCCGCCGCCCGCUCCUACGGGGUCUUCUGCAAGGGCCUGACCCGCACGCUGCUCAUCUUCUUCGACCUGGCCUGGCGGCUGCGCAUCAACUUCCCCUACCUCUACAUCGUGGCCUCCAUGAUGCUCAACGUGCGCCUGCAGCUUGCUUUCGGGAGCAACGAGUCUGUCUUUGGACCACAAACUGGUAAAAUACUUGGGCUCAGCUUUCAGACCUGACCUUGAGGAUGGUGAGUUUUACCUUUCGCUACUCAGAUGCUUAACCGACGGUGGCUUUGGGGUGAGCUUGUUGGGAGGCGGAGGGAGGAUCCAGAGAAGGCGCGAAAACGCCUCCAUCCCUGUCGGUGAGACUCAUUCAGGCCACGGGGCCUGCCUGCCAGGCGAGUAAGAGGCGGAGGGCUUACCUCUCACCGAGGCCCCUUCU